AGCUAAUCUAAGACUCUUCCCUCGCCUGUGACACACCACUUGUACAAUCGCGAAGAUCGUCGCAGAUCUUCGGCCUCGCUCUCUUGUGCUCGGUGUCACUAGUAUCGCCGAAGCAUCAACGCAAUGGAUCAUACCACGAUCAUCGAGGAGGCCGCUAGGCUCGCCAAUAUACAACUCAACCGCGAAGGCUACGUCCCCGACGCCCAUACUGCCAGUCUGAUCGCCGCGCACGCUUCUCACCUGGAAGAGAUCGAGAAGGGCCUCUGCUCCCAGCUAGCGAAGUUGCAGGUGGAGAUUGACGCUGUCCGCCUGCAAGCCGCCGUCAAUCGGUCUGUCCUUGCGCCCAUUCGACGCCUCCCUCAAGAGCUACUGGCUGACAUAUUCCUGCGCAUCGCGGCUGAUACGUGGACCCAGAGUCCGUCCGGGCGUAUGCGCCUGCGAGUGUCCGAGGUCUGUCACACUUGGCGCUUGAUCGCCCUCGCUACGCCUGCGCUAUGGGCCAACAUUCAUUUUCAGCUUCAAAACGAGGUCGAUCCCUCUUAUUGGGCUGAAGCGAUCCAGUGCUGGUUCCAAAGGUCUCAGAAUAUGCCAAUACGGCUGUACAUGAACAUCGACCGCUACUACACGCCUUUCACAGAAGCGCCGGAAGCUUGGGACAUCUAUGGGUCUAUCGCGACUCGGUCAUCCCAGCUGCGCUCAUUGAGCCUUUGCUACCUGCCCGUCCUGUCGUACCGAGAGUUCGAAGGCAAGCACUGGCCUAUUCUCCGCGAGCUGCGUCUAGAUCUCGGCGAUAUCAGGAAUCGUGAGUUCCUCGAUACAUACACUAUUCCCCUCCACGCAUUCGAGCACGCACCACAACUCCAAAAACUACGCCUGCAAUACCUGACCUUUCCCGAAAGACUGGUCGUCCCGCCCUCAUGGAAGCUCACUCACCUCAGCAUCAUUUGUGGUGACGGAGCAGAGUAUCGGCCUGCCCUCGCACCCUGUUUGCAAGCAAUUUUGUCCUGCGCCCCUCACCUCCUGGAUUGCCGGAUUGCGAUAGGCUAUCUUGACCUCUUUCCCAUUGAUCAAGACGAUACUUCGCAAAGGACAAUCUUCCCCGUUCUCAAGCGACUCAGCCUCUCUCAAGACGCGCUCGACUUCGCGUUCUACAUGACAACGCCUGCGAUCGAGAGCAUUGUCCUCACUGCGCACGAAACAUCCUUUGACGAUGAGCAAAUGCUUCGAUUCAUUGAUUUACUGCAGCGCUCGAGCUUCUGCUCGCGCUUACGAUCACUGAGCAUGCGUUCGUUCUCUGACUCACCGACUCAUCUCCUGCGCUGCUUGCAGCUGCUGCCAUCUCUCACAACACUCACCUUGUGCAACAAACCAGAGGCAGGCGUGCGUCAGUCCGGUCCGCUCAUUUCUGGGGAGUCACUCAGGGGCUUGACUCGCGACGAGAUCCGGCCGGAAACGCUGCGCCUCCUCCCGCGCCUAUCCCAUCUUACCCUGGUCACUCGCAGAUCAGAGCGACACCCUCGCGAUGGAAUCCUGGAUCGCGAGAUCUGGAGGCUCGCGCAGUCGCGGCAGAAGCGAGGCAUAUUCGUCGACGGCCAGGAAUUGGCAGUCGUUGAGCUCCAUACAGACCAUCCUGGGCGCUGGCCUCCAGAGGAGUAUACGCCAGACGACGGCGAUGUUACGAUCUACCAAGAUGCAUCACUACCCAGCUUGGAUAACACCGACGUCGAUUCCCUCUUCGACGAGGAGUCGGGGUAG